AUGGGUGUUGCCGAUUUAAUUAAAAAGUUUGAAACUAUUUCUACUGAAUUCACUGACCAGGAUUCAAGUCCAACAAAUAAAUCUUUUAUUACCACUUCUGCUUAUAGUACCCCUCUAAAGAAAACAUUUAUAACAGAGAACCAGUCGGAAGAAGAGCUAGAAGAUGUAACGCUUCCCGAACCUGUUGAGGGUCAUAUUGUUCAGAAAGAAGAAGAAGAAGAAGAAGAAGAAGAAGAAAUGAAGGAGGGCUUUACUGGUGCAUCAAUUGCAAAAAACAGAAUGGAACAAGAAUCAGAGGAAUUGCAAGUUUUAGAAGCCGAUGGAGAGCCAAACUUUGAAAAAACAGAAGAAACUCAAUACGUAGAGGAGACUGUACACAGUGAAGACGAGGGUGAAGACGAAGGUGAAGAAGAGCAUUCUAAGGAAGAUGAUGGGGAAUUUGAUUGUACUGAAGAAUUUGACUGUACCGAGGAAUUUGACUGUACUGAAGAAUUCGAAGAUCCCAAUGAAAAACAUGAGAAUCAGGAAAACGAAGAUGAACCCAAAAAGAAUCAUGUACAACAACAAAAACAGACACCAAAGGGUAAGCAUAAGAAGAAGAACAAGAGAAAGAAGAACAAAAGAAAGAAGAGGAAUGCCAGUGUUAGUGCUACCAGCAGCAAUAAUAACAACGCUCAAGCCCAGGAAUCAGGCGAAGGGAAGGAGAAAUCAUCAGGAUUCAACGCUCAUGAAGCCAAACCAUCAUUAGAUACUAGAUUGGGUCGUGAUGAUCCCUUUGAAUUUGGUACCAGAUUUUUAAAGGAUGAAUCGAAGGUUUUUGAAUUUAACUCGUGGGAUAAUGUUGACUGGGGAGAUGAGCAGAUUAGGGAAGCCCAGAAAAAGAUUCAACUACAGUAUGACUUCCCUGUUUCUGAAGAAGACAAACUUAAGUAUAACGGUAAUCCGGCUCGUUAUUGGGAUUUGUUUUACAAAAAUCAUAAGGAAAACUUUUUUAAAGAUAGAAAAUGGUUACAAAUUGAAUUUCCAAGUAUUUACAAUUGUAUUAAAAAAAAUGCACCACCAACCACGAUCUGUGAAAUUGGGUGUGGCGCUGGUAAUACUUUUUUCCCAAUAUUACGAGAAAAUGAAAAUGAAAAUUUGAAAUUGAUAGCGGUGGAUUUUUCCCCAAGAGCAGUGGAAUUAGUCAGAACAUCCCCCGAUUUUGAUCCCAAAUAUGGCCAUGCUGCCGUUUGGGAUUUAGCUAAUACAAAUUCCGACUUGCCAAAUGGUGUUGAGCCACAUUCUGUCGACAUGGCUGUUAUGAUUUUUGUUUUCAGUGCUUUAGCUCCUGAGCAAUGGAACCAAGCUUUGGAAAAUUUGAAGAAAAUGUUAAAACCUGGUGGCAAAAUACUGUUCAGAGACUAUGGAAGAUAUGAUUUAGCUCAAGUUAGAAUUAAAAAAAACAGAUUAUUGGGUGACAAUUUUUACAUCAGAGGUGAUGGUACAAGAGUUUAUUUUUUUGAAGAAGAUGAAUUGAGACAAUUGUUUGUUGAAAAAGGUGGAUUUAUUGAAAAUAAAAUUGGAACAGAUAGGAGACUAUUGGUAAAUAGAAAAAAACAACUAAAAAUGUACCGUGCAUGGGUACAGGCUGUAUUCGAGGUUCCAAAUUAA